AUGGACGCCUCCAUGGACAUGGACCUGGACCUGGACCUUGGUCCAAUUCCUGAGCCCGAGCACGUUGACGCCUAUCCCGCGACCGCGGAUGCCAUGGCACAAGACGGAACAGCGGACCACCUAGCUGAAGACGCUCUAUACGAGAAAGUACACGUCAGAGGAGUUGACGAAUUGACCACGGAGAAUAUCAAACAAUUCGCGACCACCCACUUCCCUGCCGAGGAGCCGAGCCGGGUCGAGUGGAUUGACGAUACGUCGGCGAACAUUGUGUAUUCCUCGUCAGAGAUGGGUCUUCAGGCUCUGGCGGCCUUCACGCAAGUCGUCGAGGAAGAAGAUGCAGCUCAGCCGGCCCUGCGCCUGCGGUCGGCGAAACUCCUAUCCUCCCACCCCGAUUCCGUCCUGCAGGUGCGGUCGGCCGUGAGGACCGAUCGGAAACGACCCCGCGCGCAUGAAGCCAGUCGCUUUUAUCUUAUGCACCCCGAGCACGAUCCUCGCGAACGACUACGACGGGAGCUGGCGGACAGACGGCGUGAGGGGGGGGGAGAUACCAGUGAUGGCGAUUAUCGGAGGAGACGGUUUGAUGGACGCGAGCUGCGGCGACGGAGGGAUCGCGACGUGGACGAAGGCAUCAGUGCCAAUAUGUACGACGAUACGCGAGCGCCCAGCACCGAUUAUUCCGAUGCGGAUAGGGGCCGCGAUGGGCGAGGACGCGGAGGACGCCGAGACUUGUUCGAUGACGAUGGAGGCCGUUCGUCUGGUCGUCUGCGCAACCGCAGUGCAUCGCCGGGUCGAGACACUUUGAUGGAGGGCGGAUAUCCGGACAAGGAUCGAUCGGGCUUACGCAGACGAUUCCGAGAACGGUCCCCUCAGUCUAACCGCCACAACGAAGGCAAAGAACUCUUCCCAUCCUCGAAGUCCUCCGGGGCCGCCACUAGUGAUCCACAUGCGCGAGAGCUAUUCCCCAACAAACCGGCAACCAGCUAUCUUAAGAAGGAGCUCUUUCCCAGCAAGGUCAGCAACCACCGUCGGUCCGAUGCGAUCGAUGCGGCAGACGAGACGGCAGAUCUGUUCUCGAGACGAAUCUCUAUUCCUCUUGUUGAUGGGGCAUACGACCAAGGGCAUUCACAGCGCAAUCGAAAUGUGGAGCUUUUCCCCGAGUCGGGCUCAAGUGACGUGAACAUUCGUGGAGCGGCUGGUCAGGAUCAAGGCAUGUCAAUUCGAGGCUCAGCCAACAGUGGCCUCUCAAUCAAAGGGCGGGGAGCCUCUGUGCGCGAGCUCUUCCCAUCCAAAUACAACAGCAGCAGCAGCAACAAUAACGCCGGCAAGGAGCUCUUCUCCGAAAAGAUCGAUGGCCGAGGAGGACCCCGACGGAGGGCGGAGGACAUGUUUAGUUGA